AUGUUCCGUGAUCGUCUUUCCAAGUUAAAGGACAGGUUCCAUGGCAAAAAGAAAGAUGAAAGCCCAUUUGUGGUAGUUCCUGAGAACCAUUUGACCGGCGAUAAUUUAAUUCCCGAUGACCGUGAUGCGUUCCCAGAAGAUACACAUGCUAGUGGGGGAUUAACUACGAAUGAGAACCCUCUUGAAAAGCUUGGAUCUAAGAGAAAACUUAGCUUUUCCAGGAUGAAGCGAAAACUCAAGCUGAGACCUAGAAGCUUGGGCAAGUUGAAAGCAUUAUUUGCGAAGGGCCCAAGCAAAGACUGUGAAAUCAAACUGGAAGAAUCCUCGCCUGUUUCAUCCCACUUUUCUAAUGAGAUGGCCACAAACACUACCGAAGCCACUGGUGCUGCCACAAACCCAGACCUUGCCAGCUUAAGCCAUGAAAUCGAGACCUUGAAGAUUACGAUGGAAAACAAGAUGCGUGUGCUUGAGGUUGAACAGGAGAAGGCCCAGCUGGUGUUAGAUCAGGCAGAGCAAAUGCUCAGAGAUCUCGUCCCGGAGGUCAAGGGGGACACACACAAAAAAGUCGCUGAAUUGGAUGCUAUCGACCAUCAAGUUUGUUUUGUUACCUCCAGGGGAUCAGUGUACAACUUGGCUGCUCUUCAAGAUAGUCGGUUGGAGGAAUUCCUCACCAGUCGGACUGUACGGGAGUUGCGCAAACUUCGCAAGACCUGUGAGCUUAAACUAGGGUCCUUAAAGAUGAUUGGGAUGGAUAACUCUCCCUCUUACAUCUUCUUAUCUGAGCGCAUGAAACGUAUCGAUGACCAGAUACGUUCCAAGUAUCAGCAUGGUUUGAGAAAGGUGCUCGUGUUUGUACACAGCCUAGUCCGCCCGCGCUACCACAAUGGCAACAAAUCCCGAACUACAGUGGUAUGA